AUGUACAAUCACGGGCGGAGCAAACCACUGGGACGACACAGCGGACACACAACAGCUCAUUAGGCACAUCUGUAUAUACAAAAAACCAGCGUUGAUUCUGGCAGUCGAAUAUGGCAAACAUAUCAGAAUCUUCUCAACCGUCCACAGCCAACAUUGCAGCUGCAUGUGCCAUCCUCGCUGGCGUCACUGGCUACAUGCUCGGGCAGGCAAAAUCUCUCGGCUUCUUUGGCGGAAGUCCUAUCUCACAGCCAGUAAAAUCGAAGAAAGAAAAGGCAGACGACUCGGAAGAAGAGUCGAGCGACGACGAGGACCACAGCACACCAGCCGACUUUGCAGGCCAGGAAGAAUGCAAAAUGGUCCUAGUAGUGCGAACAGAUCUCGGCAUGACAAAGGGCAAGAUUGGUGCGCAGUGCGGGCAUGCAACACUGGCUUGCUACAAACACUUCCUCCGAACCUCGCCAGACUCCAAUAUACUCAAGCGUUGGGAGCGGCUAGGGCAAGCCAAGGUCGCGUUGCAGGUCAAGAGUGAAGAAGAGCUGGAGCUGUUGCAGGCACAAGCACUGAGUCUGGGUCUGGUAGCACACAUUAUCCAUGACGCUGGGCGAACACAGAUUGCAAGCGGAAGUGCGACUGUACUAGGCAUUGGACCUGCGCCAAAGAGUGUCAUAGAUCAGGUCACCGGGCAUCUCAAGCUGCUGUAAAAGUACUGGCUCCGAAAGCCAUGCAACACAAUUUUGGGGCCUUAAAGUGGACCGGGAGAAAAUGGCGACGCGCCAUGUCUCAGUGAUGCCUCGUAUGCAUAUACAGCGGCAAGAGCUCAAGCAAAGACUUUCAGAAAAAAAAACCGUCAGUCGUGUGCGGAGCUAAUGGUAUUCUUUACAAAUACAUCCAAAUCGCAGGAAUUGCAUCUGAAGCACCAUUGCAGUUGCGACAGUGCCUUUGCGAGUAUCCAAAAGGAGAAGAAAAUUUAUUCCC